AUGCAUAUCGGGCAGAAGCUCCAAGAACAGGAGACCUCGGGCCGACCUGGAAUUUCAUUCGAAUAUUUCCCACCAAAGACCGCACAGGGUGUCCAGAACUUAUACGACCGUAUGGACCGCAUGCAUGAUUUGGGCCCGGCUUUCAUCGACGUUACUUGGGGUGCAGGCGGUAGCCGAUCUGAAUUAACAUGUGAAAUGGUUCGAAUUGCGCAGACUGUCUUCGGACUGGAAACCUGCAUGCACUUGACUUGCACUGAUAUGCCUCGAGAACGAGUCGAUGCCGCCCUCGAAUCUGCUUAUAAUGCCGGCUGCACAAACAUCCUGGCCCUACGUGGAGACCCGCCUCGUGAACAGGAAAAGUGGGAGGCUGCGGAGGGGGGCUUUCGAUAUGCAAAGGACUUGGUUAAAUACAUUCGUGAGAAAUAUGGCAACCACUUCGACAUUGGCGUUGGUGGGUAUCCAGAGGGCGCUGACGACAAUCCCGACGUCGACCAACUGAUUGACCACCUUAAGGAGAAGGUGGAUGCUGGAAGUUCAUUUAUCGUUACCCAGAUGUUUUAUGACGUGGACAACUUCUUAGAUUGGGUGUCCAAGUGCCGUGCUAAGGGUAUCAAAGCAGCCAUUAUUCCUGGAAUCAUGCCUAUUUCGACAUAUGAUGCUUUUAUGCGUCGCUCCAAUUGGACGAAGAUCCGUAUUCCUCCGGACUGGCUCGACAAGCUUGAGCCCGUCAAAGCAGAUGAUGCCAAAGUACGAGAAAUCGGCACCAAGUUGGUGGCUGAAAUGUGCCGUAAAUUAUUGGCAUCUGGCCAAAUCCAUCACCUUCACUUCUACACUAUGAACCUUGCACAAGCAACUCGUCUGAUUUUGGAAGAGCUGAGACUUUUACCAUCAGAGGAAGCUCCCCUUCACAAGCCUUUGCCGUGGCGACGAUCCCUCGGUUUGCGACGACGCAGCGAAGACGUUCGUCCAAUCUUCUGGCGAAACAGAAAUGCCUCAUACAUUGCUCGCACAGCCGACUGGGACGAGUAUCCCAACGGUCGUUGGACUGACGCUCGUUCUCCCGCUUUUGGCGAGCUGAAUGCUUACGGUGUGAGAUUGAAAGGCACCAAUGAACAGAACAUCAAGCUCUGGGGUGCACCCAAAUCCAUCAAGGACCUUUCGGAUAUCUUUGUCCGCUACUUGAACGGGAAAGUCGAAAGACUGCCAUGGAGUGAUUCAGCCGUGACUCCAGAGACCAGUGACAUUCAAAACGAACUCCUUGACUUGAACAAGCGGGGCUUCCUUACCAUCAACUCACAACCCGCCGUGAACGGAGUCAAAUCCACCGAUCCAGUUCACGGCUGGGGUCCUCGUAACGGAUACGUCUACCAAAAAGCAUAUCUUGAACUGCUAGUUCCACCAGAGCAUGUUGAUGAGCUUCUACGACGGAUUGAGAAGAACCCAGAUCUCACUUACUACUGUGUCAACAAGACUGGUGAACUGAAAGCACGGAGCGACGAGGGACCAAAUGCAGUUACAUGGGGUAUCUUUGCCUCCAAGGAGAUCAUUCAGCCCACCAUCGUUGAAAGUGUAAGCUUCAUGGCCUGGAAGGAUGAGGCCUAUCAAUUGGGAGAAGACUGGGCAAAGUGUCAUCCUGCAGACAGUCCUAGCCGGAAACUUAUUCAACGCGUCAUGGAUGAGUGGUAUAUUCUCAAUAUCGUAAACAACGAUUUCCAUAAAAAUGACGACAUCUUCCGCCUCUUCGACGGCCUCGUCAUCAAAGACUUUGAAACCGAAGUUCCUGGCAGUGCUCCAGAAGUAGUCACCAACGGCACCACAAAUUAAUCUCAACUCUACAGUCUACAAAUUAGACAGCACCACAAUCACGCACCAAAACCACAUUAUUCAACAUUACCGCCACUUUUUUUUUUCUAAGAAAAAAAUAAAACAAGGAGCUGGAGAGGAAAAAGGACACUCUCAACGGCGUUUAAUUUCCUUCUAUUAUCCACCUUUCUUUUUCUCCAUUUCCUAUUCUGGUCCAGGAUUUUCAACAGAGGACCAACCUAAAAACAAAGAUUAAUGACUAUUUGACGAACCGAGACAAGAGAAAAAACGACGUGAUGAAAUUCAACAUUUAAUACCAUUCAACAUGCAUCAUAUAUAUAUAUAGACAUUUAUUCGUUUACCGCAAUCGUUCGGGGAAGUAGGGGCCAGAGACGGUGAACGGGGUAGUAGUGAAGUAGUACUGUGAAACUUGGGAGAGAAUAAGAUACCAAUCUAAUCGGAAAUUUAUUUUCUUCGUUAC